CUUACUGACCUGUGAAAAGGCUCGCUGUUGAGGGGCGCUGAAUGAGCUCCAAACACGCUCAAGGUCACGGCUCCGGAAGGGACCGUGACCAUGACCGCGACCGAGGACGCACAGACUACGGACGUGAUAGGGAACGGGAACGCGAGAAGGACCGGGCGCGGGAUGGCGAUCGCGAACGGCACCACCACCACCACCGCGACCGCCGCGAGGAUGGCGAGCAGCAGCGGGACCGUCCAAAGUCUGGACACGGGCAAGCUGGCCAACACCAUUCGCGCCCGCGCGGCGGGCACGAGUCGCGGUCGCCUAUGCGGGAGCGGGGUGCCGCAGCUGCUUACCCCUCGGGGAACACGCCCAGCAAGGGCAACACGCCAGGGCCCAAGGGCAACUCGGUGCUGGCGGAGCUGAUGCGCCAGGCCAAAGCGCGGCAGCAGGAGCAGGAGCGGGGCGGCGCAGGCAGCGCGCCCGGGUCGGGCUCCGUCAGCGAGGGCGAGGUGGAGGCGGGCGAGAUACAGGCGGGGGCGGGGGCUGGAGCGGGGGCAGCAGCAGGGCGCGACGCAGCCGGCGGCAAGCGGCGCUACCACUCGCCCAUUGUGUGGAACCCGGACGGGGGCCGGGCCGACGGCGAGCGGCCGCCCAAGCGGCCGGCCUCGGGCCUGGGGCCGGGCGGCGCCAUGGGCGGCGGCACGGCUGUGGACCGGGCGGCGGAGGAGAUCAUGGCGUUCCGGCGGCGGCAGGCGGAGGAGGCGGAGCUGGGCUAUGACCCGGACGGGCCGCCGGUGAUGAAGGGGACGCCGUCGGGCUCGGAGGACGAGGGAGACGACCACCGGCGCGGCGGCCGGGGGCGGCAGGGGCAUGCGGAGGCGGAGGCGGCGGCGGACCGGGAUGGCGACCAGCGGCGGAGCAGGGGCCCGGUGUCGGACCUGGAGGACGAGGAGGAGGAGGGGCAGGACGCGGGGCGGCCACGAGGCGGCUCGCGCUGGCUGGACGCAGAGGCGGGGACAGGGGCGGCAGCGGGCGCCAACGGGGCGGAGGAGCGCGGGAGAGGCGGCGGCUCGCCAAGCCCACGGCGGGCAGGCUCGGCAGCGGCGGCCGGGGGCGAAGCGGGGUCUGGGCGGGACACUAGCGUCUCGCGGUCACCCGGCGACGACGGCGAGGGCGGCGGGCGCGGCGGGGGCGGCAGCGGGCGAGGCGACGGCGAGUCCUGGUCCGACGACGACGACGACCAGCCGCUCAUCAGCGCGCAAAUCGCCAACCUGGCGGAGUGCCGCUCGGUGGAUGAGUACGAGCGACUGAACCGGAUCAGUGAGGGCACGUACGGCGUGGUGUUCAGGGCCCGCUGCAAGAAGACCGGCCGCAUCUGCGCCCUCAAAAAGAUCAAGAUGGAGAAGGAGCGUGACGGCUUCCCCGUCACCUCCAUCCGCGAGAUCAACAUCCUGCUCAACCUGCACCACCCCAACAUCGUCAACGUGGCGGAGGUGGUCAUGGGCAGCCGGCUGGACCAGAUCUUCAUGGUGAUGGAGUUCAUGGACCACGACCUCAAGUCGCUCAUGAACGACAAGAGCCAGAUGACGCGCAGCUUCAGUGUGGCCGAGGUCAAGUGCCUCAUGCUGCAGCUGCUGUCCGGCAUCGACUACCUGCACCAGAACUGGGUCAUACACAGGGACCUGAAGACCAGCAACAUCCUGUACAACAACCGCGGCGAGCUCAAGACGUGCGACUUCGGACUGGCGCGGCAGUACGGCUCGCCGCUACGGCCGUACACACAGCCUGUGGUGACGCUGUGGUACCGGCCGCCCGAGCUGCUGCUGGGCGCCACACACUACAGCACGGCGGUGGACAUGUGGAGCACCGGCUGCAUCAUGGCGGAGCUGCUCACCGGCAAGCCGCUGUUUGACGGCCAGGGCGAGAUCGAGCAGCUGGACAAGAUCUGCUCGGUGCUGGGCACACCCAACGAGGACGUGUGGCCGGGCAUCAAGCAGCUGCCCAACUGGGGCAAGAUUGUGCUCCGCCCGCAGCCCAGCCAGCUGCGCUCGCGCUUCACCAGCUCCUUCGGCAGCAGCGCCACACUCACGGAGGCGGGCUUCGACCUGCUGAGUCGCCUGCUGGCCUACGACCCGGCGCAGCGCAUCACCGCGGCGGACGCCAUGGAGCACAAGUGGUUCCAGGAGAGCCCCUUCCCUCAGCGGCGCGAGCUCAUGCCCACCUUCCGCUCCAACAAGGACGGCGUGGGGCCGGUGCGCGCGGCGGCGGUGGGCGGCGGCUCGCCACCGCUCAACUUCAUGUCAGCGGCGGCGUUCAAGGCGGGCGUUGGGCGGUAACAGCGGGCGUAGUGGGGGAGUCGUAGGAGUGGAGUGGUGUGGGAUGCGACGACUGAGGUGUGGCAGCAAGGGGCUCGUGUGUGCCUGUCGAGGCAACGCGCCAGCCGAGCAGGGGAGGCCCCUUAGGCUUUUGACCAGUAGCAGUGAGCGAAAUGCAGGCUGGCGGUGUGCGGGUGUGGUGUUGCAGGAAGAUUUCUUGGACAUGGAGGCUCCAGGGGGUGCCAACCUGAAUGAUGCCGAUACCUGGUAUGUAAACUCCUGAACGGAGGGCUUCCUAUGCACGGCAUUUCCACCCGCGCGACAAGGCUGCUUAAACACAACAUC